AUGGUCGUGUACAUGUCCAUGUUGUACCAAGCACAAGAAUGGAGCAAUUACGUCAAUACUCUGCUGGUGUUGCUCGGCUUUGCGAUAUACCUCUAUAAGACAAAGUCAUCGGCUUACCUUAUUCCCAAAGCAGUCUACGAGUGGACCGGGUACACUUCGUCAUACUCUGGCCUCGGGAGCAAGAAUCUCAAUUAA